CAAUCUCUUCGGAUACCAACCUGAAUACUAUCUUGGCUGGCGAAGGCAGGCCGAACGCUAGACAGUAACCUUAGUAAUGCAGUAUCACGCGAGCUGUGAAUACGCAUCAUUGCCGCGGUGAGGUCUUCCGAUUAAACGUUGGUUUUGUCUUAAACAUUAAUAAUAAUUAUUCGCGUAAAACGUUCAACUAAACCGACUGUUUUACCGCAACGACAAAAAAAUACUAUGCGCUGUUGCGAAAUUGUCGGCUCCAUAGUGAAUUUUACGUUUUAAUCAAGUGCCUCUUUUUGCGCAAUAACCUAUGCAGACCCUCGUGUAAGACCGCCGGAAGUAUCUAAUUAGAAAACAAUACAAGCAUAAAAACCAUUAUGGCUCACACCGCCGUGCUAAGAUCUCAAAACCGAGCAAUCUCGAAGGGAACAGAUCCAAAAGUUGCCACUUGUCGAGGAAAAUUACAAAACAAACGUUCAGUAUUGAACCAGGAAAUUAACAAAGAACUUAAACUUCGAGCUGGAGCUGAAAAUCUAUUAAGAGCUACAAAAAAUCGAAAGUUAAAAGAAACUGUAGCUUUAGAGUUAAGUUUUAUGAACUCCAAUUUGCAGCUCCUCAAAGACGAGAUGGCACAGUUGAACAGUUCGGUGGAAAUUUACCAAGACGACAGUGCCGAACACAUCAUGCCUAUGAUUCCGUUGGGCCUAAAGGAAACCAAAGACAUCGAUUUUAAGGACGCUUUUCAAGAUUUUAUUUCCGAACACUACAGCGAAGACUGUAGACUUUACGAAGAAGCCAUUUCCGAUUUCACCAAACUCAGACAGGACAUUCAGUUUCCCAGAAGGGAUAGUUCGGGAAUAUCACUUUUGAUUCAUUAUUUCAAUCAACUCUACUAUGUGGAAAGAAGGUUUUUUCCGCCCGAUCGGAGCAUGGGAAUUUACUUCGAAUGGUAUGACUCUCUGACCGGAGUGCCGAGCUGCCAAAAGACCGUGGCUUUUGAAAAAGCCUGUGUCCUGUUCAAUGUGGCUGCCAUACACACACAGAUAGGCGCCAAGCAAAACCGAUUGUCCGAAAAAGGGUUGGACCAAGCCAUAGGAUGCUUCCUGCGGGCCGCCGGCACUUAUACUUACAUCCAGGAAACGUUCGUUAACGCUCCUAGCAUGGACUUGUCGUCGAACAUGAUGACAUUGCUGGCCAAGAUCAUGAUGGCUCAAGCGCAAGAAUGUCUGUUUGAGAAACUAGAACUGCAAGUGCACAACAAGACGGACUAUGACUUAUCUAUGGAUCUCGGUCAAGAAGCCGCUCAAGUGUCCGAAAUCUAUGCAAACAUCUACUCGCUAACGUCUCUGGAAGGGAUAGCCGGCUACAUACCGGACACGUGGGUGUCGUUGAUCCAAGUUAAAAAGGAACAUUACGCGGCAUUAUCGUACCAUUACACCGGCAUAGGCGUUUGGGAAGUUCCGACUAGCAAUGACAAGCACAACAACAGCUGUAGCACCAGCAAUAGCAGUAAUCGACGACGAUCAAUGCACUCUGCCGGUUCUUCUUCGCCGGCCACCAUUACCGACGAAAACCGUAAACAAUUGGGCAAAGCUCUUUUGAAACUAUCGAUAUUGUUUCACGAAGAAGCGUUGAGGAUACAGAGACUGUGCAGAGAACUUCGUUCGAAAAACUCUCUGGCCGAAGUACUAAAAUCGGCCAUGAACAUCACUAUAGACGUGCUGAACGACGAGGGAGGUCUAGAAGAGAUUGGCGACGAUGACUUCUAUUGUGAUACUAUAGAACCGCCCGUCAUCGAACCUUGCAGUAAAUUUCAAUUGUCGUUGACUCCGCCCGACUUUGGCAGUCUGCCAGCCGAAGAUCUGUUCGCCAAAUUGGGACCCGUGGCCGUGUUUUCCGCGAAACACCACUGGACGGCACCCAAGACACUGAAACUGAAAAAGACUGGUCAACGCGGUAGUUCACACAACGGAGGUGUUGGAAGUGGAGGAGGAGGUACUGGCAAUGGCGGCAGCUUUGGGUUCAGCGUCCGCGGCGACGCUCCUGUCACCAUCAGGGACGUGGAAUCCGGAUCAAUAGCUCAGUAUGCCGGCAUGAAAGAAGGCGACGUCAUCGUCGGAAUUGGCGACGAAGAUGUGAAGUGGGCCAAUUCGGAUCAUGUGGCGAAGCUCAUAAAACAUUUCCAAGACUCUUUGGUAAUGAAAGUUGUGACACCAAUCAACCGCGACAGUAAUAGGUAUUUGCACAACCGACAACAUAUAGUAGAUUCGAAAAACAUGAUGAAUAAUAAACUAAGUACGCCACACGAUAAGUUAAGCCCGAGGAGUUCGAUACUGAGGAAGAAAAUAUGGAAUCCGUUCAGAAAAUAACAGCUGUUCAAUUAUUUUUACUCAUCAGCAUAAGUAUUAUAUUUUUGCUCAUAAAAAAUAUUACAAUUUUUUUUUUUUCAAUUAUAUAUACGUUGUUUAAUGCAUCUAUUUUAAUAAAUUGCUGCUGUUAACACUAAUAGGCUCUACCUAGCUUUAUAUUAUAUUCAUUGUAAAUAAUAUAAUAGCGUUUUAAUUCUAUGUACAGACUAUAUACUUUAUACAUGAUAUGAAAAGUUCAGGUUAGUAACGGUAA